GUACAUUGACAUAUCACUAAAAUGCAUAACCUUAAACUUGAGUGUGAAGGUACUAAAUUUAACCGAGUUUAUACGUUUAUAAAUAAGAGAUAAAAAGUGUGACUUUUUGACUUGCUUCUUAUCAAAAGCAAGUUUUUACCAACGGCUACCAGUUUAUUUCAGUAUAGUUUAAUCUUACAAGUGCCGGUGUUCGUUCGGUUUUGUUUAAAUUAAAAAUGGGGGGUAAAUAUACAAAAUUAGAUCCUAUGCAAGUGGAAGUACCUGAAAUAGAUGCUUUGCUCAACAGAGAUCCUUAUUUAAAACCAUAUGAAAAAGAAAUUCGAAGAAGAUAUGCAUGUUUCAAAGACAUCGAGGAUUCCAUUGAAGUUAAUGGUGGAGGCUUAGAUAAUUUCACAAAAGCUUACAAAUAUUAUGGAAUAAAUGUUCAACCCGAUAACACGAUAAUUUGCCGAGAAUGGGCUCCAGGAGCCAAGCAAUUGUUCCUAGCAGGAGAAUUCAAUGGUUGGAAUCGUGAUAGUCAUCCAUACAACAAAUUAGAGUUUGGAAAAUGGGAAUUGAUACUACCACCAAAUUCAGAUGGCUCACCAGUUAUCAAACAUUUAUCUGAACUCAAGGUGGUAGUUCAAAACUGGGAAGGGCAUAAAGAAGAUAGAUUGUCACCAUAUGCAACAUACGUUGUUGAACCACCCAAGAAUGAAGGAACCAUUUAUAGACAUAAAUUCUGGAAUCCGCCACAAACUGAGAGAUAUAUAUUUAAGAACAAAAAAGUGCACCGUCACAAGAGUCUUCGAAUUUACGAGUGCCAUGUUGGUGUUGCCACAUCAGAACUUAAAGUUGGUAGUUACGACAAUUUUACGGACAAUAUACUUCCUAGAAUUGUCAAACAAGGUUAUAACUGCAUUCAACUAAUGGCAAUAAUGGAGCAUGCUUACUAUGCUAGUUUUGGUUAUCAGGUUACUAGUUUUUAUGCGGCUUCAAGUCGUUAUGGUACUCCAGAACAGCUUAAGCGCUUAGUCGAUACAGCUCAUGAGAUGGGUCUAAUGGUAUUAUUAGAUAUUGUUCAUUCUCACGCCAGCAAGAACGUAAUGGAUGGACUCAAUAGAUUCGAUGGAACCGAUGCAGGUUAUUUCCACGCUGGUAGUAGAGGAGAACAUUCUUUAUGGGAUUCCAGACUAUUUAAUUAUUCUGAAUUUGAAGUUCUACGUUUUCUUCUAUCUAAUGUCAGAUGGUAUAUGGAAGAAUACCAAUUUGAUGGUUUUAGAUUUGACGGAGUUACUUCAAUGCUGUAUCACUCGAGAGGAAUUGGACAAGGUUUUGGGGGUCAUUAUGAUGAUUACUUUGGUUUAGGUGUAGAUACCGAAGGAUUCGUUUAUCUUAUGAUGGCCAAUCAUAUGAUACAUAUGAUACAUAAGGAUGCUGUUACUAUUGCGGAAGAUGUAUCUGGUAUGCCUGGUACCUGCCGACCAGUUAGUGAAGGCUGUUUGGGAUUCGAUUAUAGAUUAGCUAUGGCAAUACCAGAUAAAUGGAUCCAGUUGUUGAAACAUUCUUCAGAUGAUUCUUGGAAUAUUGGUGAUAUUGUACAUACUUUAACCAAUAGGCGAUGGAUGGAAGGUAACGUUGCUUAUGCGGAAUCUCAUGAUCAAGCCUUGGUGGGAGACAAAACUAUAGCGUUUUGGUUAAUGGACAAAGAAAUGUACACUCAUAUGAGCACCAUGUCUGAUCCAUCUCUAAUAAUUGAUCGAGGAAUCGCAUUACAUAAACUCAUUCGUUUCGUUACCCAUGGUUUAGGGGGAGAAGCUUAUUUGAAUUUUAUGGGUAACGAAUUUGGCCAUCCGGAAUGGUUAGAUUUUCCAAGAGAGGGUAAUAACAGCUCUUAUCACUAUGCUAGGAGACAAUGGCAUCUUGUCGAUGAUGAUUUACUCAAAUACAAAUUCUUGAACAAUUGGGAUGCUGCAAUGAAUCACGCAGAGAAUAAAUAUGGAUGGUUAGCUGCUAAUCCAGCAUAUGUCAGUAUGAAACAUGAGGAUGACAAGGUAAUAGCAUUCGAAAGAGCAGGUCUUGUAUUCAUUUUCAAUUUUCAUCCAACAAAAAGUUUUGCUGACUAUAGAAUCGGAGUAGAAAUCGAGGGAAACUACAAAAUAGUAUUGAGCUCUGAUGAUAAACAAUUUGGUGGAUUUGAUAGAAUAGAUAAAUCUGUUACCUUUGUUACUACACCCGAAGGAUAUUCUGGUAGAAGAAACUAUAUACAGGUGUACAUACCAAGUAGAACAGCCAUUCUCUUAGCCAAAGUUUGAAUAUAUAUGCCUUUUGUGGAUCGUAUUUUUAAAAAUUACAUCAUUUAUUUUUUCAUUUCCAAAGAUCUGAAGUAUGAUUUUUGAAUUAAAAAAAAUAUAUUGUUAUAUUGUGCUAUAUUAUAGAGUUAAUAAUGUUUUAAAAUUUGUUAAUUAAUUAAAAUUGAACUUUUUAUAGGUGAAAUUAUAGAUAUAGAGUAAUUAUUAUGACAAACAAAAACGUAUAAAAUUAGAUUAAAUGAUAGUGAUAUUUUUACAAUAUGUAAAUAUAUUUUUUGGAAACUUUUUUCUAAAUUUGCAAAAAUAAUAACGAUAUGUUGUUGUCAUAUAUAAGUACAAAUUAUUUACAAGAGUACAUUGAAUUUGGCAUCUAGAUUAUUUUUGUUUAUUAAAAGUAGUUUUCUAAGUGAGCUUUGUUUUAUUUCAUAUCAAUUUUUACAUAAAAAAUAGAUAUGUAACAAUAAUUGGCCGAAUCGUAUCCUAUGGACUAGAAAAAAGUUGCAUUUCAAAUUAAUGGGACAGGUAUUGAGCUUAUUAUGUCUUUUUCAUCAUUUAUGUAAGAAGAUUUUUGGAUUGCAAUCAUUUCGUAAAAUUCUCUCUUUUUUAAAUUAUUUUGUUUUAAUAAUUUUUGUAUUUGUAUAAUUAAACUGUUGUUUUUUCUUUUUUUACAGCAGCAUUUUUUUGUCAUAUAUGUGACUUUUUAUUCUAUUUUCCAGGUAUUGGCUUGUUUGGCCAAUAUAUGUAGCUUCACAGCUAUUACAAGAAAUUUCAUAAACAAUAUUGCUCUUCUUCAAUUUUAGUGUUAUUGAUUCUAUUAUAGAAAAGUGUUUUGGCAAUAGGUUAUUGGGUUUGUUGCAAAUUUUCAAAUCAUAUUUCUUGAAUAAAUAUUGGAAUUGUUGUGAUAGACCAUUUAUGAAAGGAAGAGGUAUAAAUUGUUGAUUAUUAAUAUUUCAAUUAUUAUUUUGUGGGCUGUAAAAUUUUUUUAUUCUGCCUUUGAAAAUUGUAUUAACUAGUUUUAUGGGUAAUCAUUCAAUUGCAAUGUAUUUUUUGCGUUGGCGAUGCUAGUUUUUCUGUAUUUAGUAUCUGAAAGUUUGACAGCACGAUCUGCUAAGCCUAUUAUAACUGAUUUUUUUUGAGAAAAAGAAUAGUUUGAGUUGACUUUGAUGUAUCUAGAUAACUAGGAUUCCUUGGUGUUCCAUUCUGUUUUUAUUUUGUUAUUUUUGUGAUGUAAAGUAGUAUCUAGAAAGUUAAUUUUAUUAUUUUCUUCAACUUCUAUUGUAAAUUGUGAUUUUUCAUGAAAACACUUUUGGAAAGUUAGAUGUAAUUUUUAUUACCUACCGAAACGUCAUUAAAAUGUCUAAAUCACCA